GGGGCUGCGGGCCGAGGCCUCGCCCCGACUGUCACCCGCGGGGAUUUGAAAUGGCUGACGAGACGCUGGCCCGUGCGGGUCUGGAGCCCGAGGCCAUGGCUCCGGAGAGCACCGACUGGGCGGCGCAGGAGGGACCGGCGCCCCUGGAGAAAGGUUUGUUCCAGGAUAAAGAUUCAUGCAUUGAUUGUAGCUUUCAUGAUAAAUCAGGUACUACUUUACAGACUUUUGUGCCAGAAGGAAAAAAACUUUUUCCACAGAUUAUCCAAACAAACCAACUUUUGUUUUAUGAACGAUUCAGAGCCUAUCAAGAUUACAUUUUAGCGGACUGCAAGGCUUCUGAAGUUAAGGAAUUCACAGUAACUUUCUUGGAGAAGGUCCUUGAACCAUCUGGAUGGUUGGCAGUUUGGCACACUAAUGUGUUUAAGGUGCUGGUUGAGGUUGUAGACAUGGACUUUUCAGCAUUGAAGGCAAUAGUAAGGCUUGCUGAACCACAUGUUUGUGAAUUUAAAUUAAACACCUUUACCUUGGAGAGAGUUAAGGAGCUCCUGGAUCUGAAAGAGUACCGGCUGCCCCUGCAGGAGUUAUGGGUGGUAUCUGAUGACUCUGGAGUAUUUGAGCAGACGGCCCUGGCGAUUGAGCAUGUCAGGUUUUUCUAUGAAAAGAUUUGGAGGAGUUGGGAUGAAGAGGAGGAGGAUGAGUAUGAUUAUUUUGUCAGAUGUGUUGAACCUCGAUUGAGAUUGCAUUAUGACAUUCUUGAAGACCGAGUUCCUUCAGGACUUAUUGUUGACUACUGCAACCUGUUGACUCAGUGUGAAGAGAGCUAUAGGAAAUUUUUAAAUCUGAGAAGCAGUUUGUCAAAUUGUAACUCUGAUUCUGAGCAGGAAAAUAUCUCCAUGGUGGAAGGAUUAAAAUUAUAUUCAGAGAUUGAACAGUUAAAACAAAAGCUAAAACUCAUUGAGAAUCCUUUGUUGAGAUAUGUAUUUGGUUACCAGAAGAACUCUAAUAUACAAGCAAAAGGUGCCCGUCCAGAUGGCCAGAAGAUCACCCAUGUAGUUUCCUCCACCAUGAAUACUAGUCUGUUGCGGUCUCUAUUCCGGGACAGGUUUUGUGAGGAAACUUAUAGGGAAGAAACAGAGAUUCAGUUCCAUAGUGAUCUAUUGUCUGCUAUAAAUGCCUGCUAUGAGGGUGACACUGUAAUUAUUUGUCCUGGUCAUUAUGUGGUAAAUGGCACAUUCUCCAUAGCUGACUCCAUUGAGUUGGAAGGAUAUGGUUUUCCAGAUGAUAUUGUGGUAGAAAAGAGGGGCAAAGGAGAUACUUUUGUGGAUUGCAUAGGUGUGGACAUUAAAAUCUCAAGCAUAAAAUUCAUUCAGCAUGACUCUGUAGAAGGAAUCUUAAUCAUUCACCAUGGCAAGACUACAUUGGAAAACUGUGUACUGCAGUGUGAAACAACGGGAAUCACAGUACGAACAUCAGCAGAACUUGUAAUGAAGAACUCAGAUAUAUAUGGUGCCAAGGGUGCUGGCAUAGAAAUAUAUCCAGGGAGCAAGUGUACCCUCAAUGACAAUGGGAUCCAUCACUGCAAAGAAGGUAUUCUCAUUAAGGACUUCUUAGAUGAACAUUAUGACAUCCCCAAAAUAUCCAUGAUAAAUAAUAUCAUACAUAAUAAUGAAGGUUAUGGUGUUGUUUUGGUGAAACCUAUGAUUUUCUCUGAUCUACAAGAAAAUGUCAAAGGUGAAACUGAAGACAAUAAAGCACUUACAGUUCAGACAAGUGGAGAGGCUGAUUCUGCUGAAAGAGUGGAUCUAGAAGAGCUGAUUCAGUGCGCAGCUGGCAAAAUGGAGCUUUGUGCAAGAGCUGGCCAGUCUGAGCAAGCUGAAGGAAACUGUGAAAUUGUAAAUGAACUAGUGGCUGCUUCUAUACAGAAAGGCCAGAUGAAGAAAAGAUUGAGUGAACUUGGGAUCAUACAAGCUGAUGACAACAUAAUGUCACAGGAAAUGUUUGUUACAAUUGUGGGAAACCAAUUUAAGUGGAAUGGCAAAGGGAGUUUUGGCACAUUUCUUUACUGACUAGAGUGAUGCAAGCUGAUAAAAUACUGGAUUUUGCACAUGAUGCCUUAAGAAUCACUGCUGCUGAUAUUGUUGUCUUAUGACUAUAGUUGAUAUUUGACAUAGUUGUGCUUCAGUGCAAUUAAGAUUUAUUUCUGUCUGCAUGCAUUGCAUACAAAAUACUCCUUUAUAACAGACCUUAUAACAUAUAUUAUAGAAAAUAAGAUUUCUUAACUUGAAAAUCUUACUUUCAUAAAUGCAUAGCUGAGUCAUAUAAAGCCUUGUAGUGACCAUUUUGUAUGAAUAUACUUGAGCACUCAAAGAGGAGGAGGAAAGACUGAAUGCAAUGGAGAGCACGUGUAGUGUCUACGGUUGUCCUUUGAUCCCACUUAUAAUGUGUCUGAUUGUCAUAUGAUAUUUGUAUAAUACUUGUCUUUAAAUAAAAGCUAUGACUGAGAA